AUGAGCUAUUCACAUAAUACCAUGGGCUCAGGUAGUAGAACUGCUAGAAGAAAAUUCGAAUUCGGAAGGAUACAUGUGGUACGACCGAAAGGGAAGCACCAUUCUACCAUAAUAUGGCUUCAUGGCCUCGGCGACAAUGGCUCAACGUAUUGCUCGCUCUUUUCCCUUUUUUUGAAUUCCUGGUCUGAGCUCUUGGAAAGUCUUCCUCUCCCAAAUGUUAAAAUGGUUUGCCCAACUGCUCCUACUCGUCCUGUGGCUCUACUUGGGGGAUUUCCUUACUCUGCAUGGUUUGAUGUUGGUGAGCUGUCGGCAGAUGGUCCGGAUGAUUGGGAGGGUUUAGAUGCCUCGGCAGCUUGUGUUGCAAACUUGUUGUCAACAGAGCCAUCUGAUGUUAAGGUCGGAAUCAGAGGCUUUAACAUGGGUGCUGCAAUGGCCUUUUACUCCGCAACUGCUUUUGCUCUGGGAAGGUAUGGAAAUGGUAGCCCAUACAAUAUAUUGUAUGAAAAAAAAUAUUGUACCUUUAAUAAAGCCUUAAGUUUUGUGAAAAAAAUAUAUUGUACUUGCUCAUCAAAGGUGUUACCUUGCAGGUGCGUAAGGAACAAAAUCGAAGUAUCACAUGAAGCUGCAAGGCACACCGCGUCAUUGCCGAUUAUGCUUUGCCAUGGAACUUGUGAUGAUGUUGUCCCCUACAAAUAUGGAGAAAUUUCUGCCCAUUCCUUGAGUGUAGCCGGAUUCUGGAACCUCAGUUUUAAAAAUUAUGAAGGGAUUGGUCAUCACACAGUCCCUAAAGAGAUGAAUGAGGUCUGCAAUUGGCUUACAGCAAGGCUGGGGCUCGAGGGAUCUCGCUAAAUAUAGCAAAGACUUGGUUUUUAUGUUGAACUAGCUAAGGAAG